AACGACUGCCUAAUCGCAUCCCCACCCCCCGAGGACGCCCAACAUUCCCACAUUCUGAGAGUAAGAAAUUUCCAUUGUUCCAUUUGUUUUUCUUCAUCUUUCUUCAUUCAUGGAGGUGCCGAGUUCGUGGGACGCACUUCGCAAACAGGCGAGAAAACUCGAAGCUCAGUUGGAUGAGCAAAUGAAUUCUUAUCGUAAAUUGGUUUCUGCUAAAGCUUCUUCAAAAGUUGAUAAUGCGGAGAGUGAUAUGGAGUCGUGGAUUGAGCGGCUACUAAAACAACUCCAACAAGUGAACUCACAGAUGCAAGCCUGGGUAUCAUCUGGUGGCACAGAAAUGGUUUCUCAUACCUUGACCAGGCACCAAGAAAUUCUUCAAGAUCUCACCCAGGAGUUUUAUCGUCUCCGAUCUAGCCUCAGAGCUAAGCAGGAGCACGCUUCACUCCUUGAGGAUUUUAAAGAGUUUGAUAGGACAAGAUUGGACUUGGAAGAGGGUGGAGGUUCUGCAGAGCAAGCACUACUAAAGGAGCAUGCUUCUAUCAGCAGAAGUACAGGACAGAUUGUAGGGGUUUUGAUGAGAAUUAAGAAGAAAUUUGUUUCAGUCCCAGCAUGCUCAAAAAGAAAGAAAGAAAGAUGGACAAUGUUAUUUCACAAGCACAAGCCACACUUGGUGCACUUGUCACCCAACGUUCGACUUUUGGUGGAAUCAAUUCAAAGCUCAGUAAUGUCAGCAGUCGCCUUCCAACGGUAAAUACCAUUCUGUCGGCGAUAAAGCGAAAGAAGUCAAUGGAUACGAUCAUACUUUCCCUUGUUGCAUCAGUAUGCACAUUCCUCAUUUUCAUAUACUGGUUGACCAAAUGAGAGUGUUCUGUUCUUUUGGUGGCUGCU